CUGAAUCCGCGAGAGCACGCAGACACCAAUCCGUGAUGCUGGGUGUCAUUUGCAUGCAAAAAAACGGGACUGCUAAGGAUGUUCAGGUUCGUAGAUGUUGAUUGUGUGGACUUGAUGCUACUUUGUUCUAAAUGGAAGAUUUUUGGAAAAGACAGCCUUCUUUUGCAUAGGAUUUGAAAGACGUUUAUAACUGGAUGCGGACGAAGGACCAAAGCACAUCGCAAAGAAUGGUCGGAGAAAGAAUGUCUGGGAACAAAAUCAUCCAGAACCAAGUGUCAUGUCACUGAUGUUGUACGUUGCUCAUGACCUCACUGUGCAGACAGCUGAUCUCUGAAACUGCCGAGGUUUGGUUACACUGAGGAUUUGAAUUACCGUUACCUGUUGAGCAGUGAAGCUGAAACUAUGUCAAAUCUAAAGUGCCCAUGCCGAGUGGCUCGACCUUGAGAAGCACCUCUUUCAUCAUUUAUCAGAAGAUAAACUGAUUCUGUGGCAGGGAAGCCUGGAGACAUGUUAACGUGCAGUUAUGAUGUGGCCGUCUCCCCGCAACAUGACUUGAAUGACACGUUCAGGGAUGGAUGUCAGGAACUUCACAACGGCCAUCGACAGCGCCUCUUCGGACGAGGCUUCUUCAAGUCGAGUCCUGACCGGCUGUUUCCUCUCGCUGCUCAUCCUCACCACACUGCUGGGCAACACGCUUGUGUGCGCGGCCGUCACCAAGUUCCGCCACCUGCGCACCAAAGUCACCAACUUUUUUGUCAUCUCGCUAGCUGUGUCAGACCUCCUGGUGGCCAUUUUGGUGAUGCCUUGGAAGGCGGUGAGCGAGAUUGCCGGUUUCUGGCCGUUCGGCUCCUUCUGCGACACCUGGGUUGCCUUCGACAUCAUGUGCUCCACAGCUUCCAUUCUCAACCUGUGCGUGAUCAGCCUGGACCGCUACUGGGCCAUCUCCAGCCCCUUUCGCUACGAGCGUAAGAUGACGCCCAAAGUGGCUUUUGUGAUGAUUAGCGCGGCGUGGACGCUGUCUGUCCUCAUUUCCUUCAUUCCAGUGCAGCUCAACUGGCACAAGGCUCAAAGCACAUCUUUCAGCUCACUCUCCUCCCACCCGUCCACCUUUUUGAGAACAAAUGUCACAUCGGAGAACUGUGACUCCAGCCUGAACAGGACCUACGCUAUCUCCACCUCGCUCAUUAGCUUCUACAUCCCCGUCGCCAUCAUGCUGGUCACCUACACCCAAAUCUACCGCAUCGCGCAGAGGCAAAUCAGGAGGAUCUCCGCCUUGGAGCGGGCGGCCGAGAGCGCCAAGAACCGGCACGACAGCAUGGGCGGAGGCUCCAGCAUCGCCGAUUCGGAGAGCUCCUUCAAGAUGACCUUCAAGAGGGAGACCAAGGUGCUGAAGACGCUUUCGGUCAUCAUGGGCGUGUUCGUGUGCUGCUGGCUCCCCUUCUUUGUGCUCAACUGCAUGGUGCCCUUCUGCGAGCAGUCGAGCGGAGAGGAGGCUCUCCCCUGCAUCAGCCCCACCACCUUCGACGUGUUCGUGUGGUUCGGCUGGGCUAAUUCCUCCCUCAACCCCAUCAUCUAUGCCUUCAAUGCAGAUUUUCGCAAGGCCUUCUCCAUCCUGCUGGGCUGCCACAAACAAUUUCCAGGAGGCCACAACAUCGAGACAGUUAGUCUAAACAAAAAGUGACUCACGACUCGUUCAACAGCGCUGACUCAUCCCCAAAGGGGUGCAAGCGCCCCCCCGCUAAGGCCGGUCUGAUUGCCUUCAAAACGAGAUGCUGCUCUGUGUGUGUCAGAGCGACUGAAGGCGCUGACCCUACGUGGACCCUGGUUGUACUGGGCAAGUGGCCCGACUCCGGGGCGGCCGUCAGAGUGAGCGCCCUCACUUCAUGUCUUGGCGCGGCGAGAGAGCCCAGAUGAGAGGAAGGGGAUUUGGGGAUUGAGAUUAAGACUCUUUGCUGUUACGCCAGCGAGCGCUGCGGUAGUGAGAGGCCAUUGGAAUAGAUAAUCCCAUGGCUGGGCAGUGCACGUCCGAAUGUUUACGGCCACUGCUCGCUUCAGUACCAUCACACGCUCGGUGUACAGCGGCAUGGUAAACGCCCCGGAGAGAGACCGUAGAUUAACAAAGUAUGUCAGCAAGCCGAUUUUACGCUGGAAAAAUGUUGAAAAUGCACUUCACCGUUCAAGCCCCGAUUUAACAAUAACGUUGCGAUUUUAUUCGAAGGCAUUUUCAGAGCAGAAAUCUGAACUGCCUUACAAAGCUUUAAAUGCAUCAAAACAUGCAUGUUGUGUCUUAUUGUUCUCACCCAAAAACAAUAUUUGACUCUUUUGUUUUGAAUCUCAUCAUCAAUGGUCUCUCUGUUUGAAGUGGUUUUACAAAACGUGUCUCACGUUGCUGUGUAUUUUAAGGAAAAAGCAAAGACAACCAUUGUACAUCCUCUGUCUUAAAUUGAUCACAGUUAACAAUUUUGGAUUAUUAUUCAAAUUGGCUCUUACUUUAACAGCUGAGCAUCAUUUGUAUAUAGACAAUAUCUCAAGUUUAAAGAAGACUUUUUAAUGUCUUGUGUACAACUAGUUGUGUGUCUCGAGUGCCUGCAAACCCAUCAAGUGUGAAAUUAAACAUCCGUGUAAAUCUUUAGUUAUA